UAGGUCAUCUUACGCGCUUGCUCAUGUUUCAAUCUACCCACCAAGUUGAACCCAAAAAGCCACCUACCCCUCCUCACCCACCACCAAAAUCCCAACUCCUUAAUCGCUUUUCGUUUUGCUAUUAAAAGCUUCAAUCUUUGGACCUAAAGCUUCAAUCUUUUCUCUCUGUGUGUAAUCAAUGGAGGCUAAACUGUUUAGGGCCUCCUCCUCUUCUGCGAUUCUUGCUGCUCCUCGAGCUUCACGAUUCAAUUACGCGGUGGCCCUGAGGAAAAGUAACAGCUUCCCAUGCGUCAGCUCAGGCUUAGCUAAGAAAGGAAAUCUGUCAGUUCAGGCCACCGCAACUUCAACGGGAUCGUUGGCCUCAAGGAAUAGGGUGGAUGAAACUGAUAAUUUGACUCUAGAAGGUAUAAGACACUCUUUGAUUCGUCAGGAGGAUAGCAUCAUAUUUAGCCUUCUAGAGAGAUCUCAGUAUUGUCAUAAUGGGUCUACAUAUGACCCCAAUGCUUUCCCUAUGGAUGGGUUCCAGGGCUCAUUGGUAGAAUACAUUCUUCAAGAAACAGAAAAACUUCAUGCUCUGGUUGGUAGAUACAGCAGUCCCGAUGAGCAUCCUUUCUUUCCAGAUCAACUGCCUGCUCCGGUUUUGCCGCCUCUGCAAUACCCUCAGGUACUACAUCCCAUUGCCAAUUCAAUUAAUAUAAAUAGCAAAGUCUGGGAGAUGUACUUCAGAGAUAUUCUUCCAAGACUGGUUAAGGAAGGAGAUGAUGGUAAUAAUGGAUCAACUGCCGUUUGUGACACAAUGUGCUUGCAGACUCUUUCAAAGAGAAUCCAUUAUGGUAAAUUUGUAGCAGAGUGUAAGUUCCGCACCUCCCCACAGCAGUAUGAAGCUGCCAUUAAAGAACAGAAUAGGGACAAGCUGUUGGCUCUGUUGACGUAUCCAACUGUUGAAGAGGCAAUCAUAAAGAGGGUGGAAAUGAAAGCCAAAACUUAUGGGCAAGAGGUUACAGUGUACAAAGUGAAAGAGGAACAACCCGGCUUGCAGGUUUAUAAGAUUAGACCAACCCUGGUUGCAGAUUUGUAUGGGGAAUGGAUCAUGCCAUUGACAAAGCAAGUUCAAGUUGAAUACUUAUUAAGAAGGUUGGAUUGAGGGAGCUAUUCUCCAAUACCUAUUUGAUUGAAGUAUAGAAAUUUGUGGUUUUCUUAGACAUAUCCCAUCUUUAUGACUUGCUAUCUGUAAUUUGCUAAUUCAUGCGGAUGCUAAGAGGGGAUUACAGGCAUGUUAUUAUUGUGCGAUUAUAAUAUGCACAGUCCUAUUCGAUCUAUAUAUGUAAGUUUAAAUAAGCGUCAUAGCCAUAACCGUUAAUGGAUUGACUUCCAUUUUCCGUGAUUGGUUGCUGCCCUUGCUUUGUCCACAAACUUUAAAGAAUUGAUUGAAAAAUAGCCAUGAGCCAGUAGGCUGUGCAUUUUCUUUUUUCUCUUA